AUGCAACCAGUUAUAAUGACUCCUGACGAUAACCUUAACGGUAUCGUUCAACGUCCUCCAGAAAUUUGUGUUGACUAUCUUUCUCAUGAGUGGAAUAAAGAGGAUGAUAUUUGGACUUCUUGGAGAGUUAUGUCAAAGCAGAAGAAAGAAAUCGCUAAUGGAAUCCGUCUAGAAAAUGCUUCUUGGAGAACUUGGGCGAAACAAAAGUAUAAACUAAAAACUGUAAACCCUGAAAAACUUAAUUGGCUUAAAGACAGUGAUGUAACUUGGUUAUAUGGCCCUUUACAUACUGCAUGGAAUUCUGCUCAUGAAAAAAGUUGUCAAAAAUCUCCAACAACCGAAGAUGAAUUAAAUUUAUUACCUUCUUCACCUCAUCAUAAAUCUUGUCUGAAAAAGAAAUCUAUUUCGGAAACUUUACGUCCUAGAGGUAGAUCUCAUUUGGUCUCUAGUAAUUCUGAUACUCAAUUAUAUAAACAAAUUCGUGAAAAAAAAGAUGAUGAUAGUGAUAUUAGCGAUUGUGAUUCCUUUUCUACUUGUUCUUCAAUAUCUGGUCCUUCCACUCCUUUAUCCGGUCCUACAAGAUCUUCUUUAUUACCUCCUGUCGCCGAAGAUAAUCCUGUUCAUCAUCAUCAUAUUCGCUUUAAUGACCAAGUUGAACAAUAUCCGGAAAUAAUACCACGUCCACAAGAUGGUCAUCCACAAGAUGAUCUUAAUCAUGACCAAUUUCCACAAAACGGUGAUGGAAUUGUG